GAGUCAGAGCACACGAUCUACGCGAUUGGCUCGGAAGUGCUCUCUCACUAUACCCAGGAUUCUUUCGUCGACCAUCAGAAGGAGCGGUAUGAGGUGGCUGACCCUGAUAGCCGUCGCGCAUCUCAUCGCCUUCCUCUCAUCGGCAGAAAUAACCUGCCCGCGGAUCCCAGAAAAAUGCGACUGCAAGAUCUCGAAAAGCAUGAUCAUUUUGAGUUGCAAUGGCGAGGACGUUAAAACGAUCGCGCAGACUGUCGGGACCAGUCAAAUCGACGAAUUGCACAUUUUAAAUGGGACAGAUGUAAAAAUCGAGAGCCUCCCGUUCAAUGGACUGCGGACAAUCGCCAUCUUGAACUCCACGCUUCAAUCAUUCUCACCGACGGCGUGGAGACAUGUGGAAGCCACCAUCGAGCACAUCACAAUCAAUGGAAAUGAGUUGAAGACUGUUCCCGUGUUUGGAAAUUUAUCGACGCUCAUGUCGAUGAAUUUGAACAGUAAUCAGAUCUCAUCGAUUCCUGACAAGGCAUUCAACGGACUCUCCGCUUUGACCCAACUUCGACUGGAGAACAACGCGAUUUGUGAUUUUCCACCAAAAUCACUGGAUGCUGUCAAAGCCUCGCUUGUUCUUCUGGAUGUCAGCGGAAACUGCCUCGAUGCUAUUCCGGCUCAAAUUCUUCGAAACGCCGCAAAUCUGAUGUAUUUGGAUCUAGGAAGCAACAACAUCAGCGAGAUCAACAAUUUUGAGUUGAUGAAUUUGCCGUUUUUGAGAGAACUUCGUGUACAGAAUAACACGUUGCGCCGGAUUCAUCCGAUGGCGUUCAUGAAUGUCCCUCAGCUGCAGUAUCUAUAUCUUCAAGAUAAUAUCAUAUCGACACUCGAUGGAAAUCGUCUGCAAGGUUUCAAAAACCUAGAAGUUCUGGAUGUCAGCAACAAUGCUCUUUAUGCACUCCCGUCGCUUAAAGAUCUCCCGAAUCUAAAGCAAGUUCGUGUUGACGGGAAUCUGAUCACCAAGAUCGAAACGUUGGCGUUCUCCAACAAUCCCAAUUUGCAGCUGAUCAGUGUUCAGAACAACAACAUUGUCCAGAUUUCACGGAACUCGUUUGAAUCACUGGAUAAGCUGGUUGUGCUCCUCGUCGGAAACAAUUCGUUGGCAAAGAUUGAGCGUGGAAUGUUCGACGGCAUGAAGAACUUGCAACAGUUGAGCAUUCGUAACAACACUCUGACAGCUCUGGAUGCAUCUUCGUUCGCCCAACUCGCUCAUUUGACUACGCUCGAUCUUGGACACAACAAGAUACACGAUAUCGAGGAAGGAACUUUUGAUAAGCUCUCCAAGCUUUUCUGGUUGGAUCUGUCGAACAACAAGAUUUCCGGAUUCAAAACGAGUGUUUUCAAGAAGAAAAUCUCGAACAUUUUAUUGGAUGGAAAUCAAUUGAUUUGUGAUGAGUCAUUCAAUGAGUUUUUGACGUAUCUGAUCGCAAACAAAGUUCGGACAUUCCUUCCAUUUCAACAGGAAAUCAUGUGCCAUGGUCCAGAGAAGUACGCUGGAGUUCGAUUGAAGGAUCUGAUGAUGAAAAAGGCAAAUGAAACACUUAGUGAGGGAUCUCGAUUGCUUGGAGUUCCACAGGGAAGUAAUCAACAUUCACUUCUCUCAUCAUUCUUACCAUCGUUGGGUCCACUUGGAACUUUGAAUGGAGCUGGAGGUGCAGCAAUUCCUCUUGUGAAUACUCUUACAAAUACGAUCCCAGCUCUUCGUUCAAUCCCUGGCUUCGGUGGAAAUAUUCCUGUUGGUACUGGUGCUUCUUCUGUUCCCAAUAAGAAUCUCAAUGAUGCCAUCGAAGGAUUCACUGGUCCUCUUGUCAGAUUUGCCACGGGCGGGCAGCCGGUUGCCAGUGACAUCGAACAGCUGAUCCGUUCUAUUCCAAACAUGGUUGUCAAUGUUCCAGGAUUCGGUGAUAUCGAUUUGAGCAAAAUGGAUCCAACCAUGAUUCAAUACGUGUUGAACGGUGGUCAGAUUCCCGGAAUCGAUAAAGCUACUCUGGAUAAAAUUGUGAAACAGACGAUGAAUAAGAUGCAUACUGCCGCUGCAGCAAAUCUCGCUGGAAAUCCUGUUGAAGGUCAAGAAAAAGUUCUGCCACCGCUUGAUAAGCUGCCGUCGGGCUUGGUAACUCAAGUAAUGUCUGGUGAGCCACUUCCUGGGCUCAAUGAGAAUCAAACGAAGAUUAUUAUGGAGUACUACACGCAUCAGAUGCCUGGAAUGGACGGUAUACCAGCACGUCCAGUGGAAAGUCAAGGCAAUACGACUGCAAAUAAUAUGUUCAAUCCAGCUAUGUUUGAUCUAUUAAAAAUGCUCCCUCCAGGAUACAAUCUGAGCAAGAUACCGAUGGAAGUGAUAGCUGCUGUGACACGUGGAGAAGUACCAGAUAUGCGUCUAUUACCUGAAGACCUUUUGGAACAUUUCAAACAACACACAACUUCCCUGACAUCAAUGUUCGCUGGAGCCACCGCAAAGAAUAUUUCAAUUGAAGAGAUUCUUGAGAAAUUGCCAGUCUUUGUGAGACCCGAACUUUCAACGUUUGUACCAUAUGAUAUCAACGAGUUGACAAGUGAAAUGGUUUUGGAGCAAGAGCAGAAUGAACGACAUCGUAAUAUUCGAAUCAUCACUGCGAUUGCAUUAGCGUUUGUUGGAGCUGUUACGGUGGUUGUAAUCAUAUUUUUUGUGAACUAUACGAAGAAACAAAGAAGGCUGAGAAAAAGCCUUGUCUACCGAUCAUCACCUUCUUCAUCUGGAUCAUCUGGUCAAAACGCUGCAAAUGAAUCUGGCCGUUCAUCCGCUGCUCCAUCUCCAAUUCGUCCUCCAUUGAUGAACAUCCCAAAGACGCCUAACAACCGUACAAUGGAGAGCACAUUUGGGCAACCUCAGUUGUGCUCCACACUGCUUGAAAAUCCGCAGGCUGUCAGCCAUAGAAGUCGUCAUUAGCAUUUUCAGACUUAAUGGUUUCUGUAAAAUUUAAAUUUCUAAUUUUUCUCGAACUCACAUCCCAAGGUAUUGUCUUUCUCCUUCACUUAUAUCACUUGGUGUUACUUUUACGGGUUACAUUACGAAGUAAAACUAGUAGUUUAGAAUUACUAAAUUGUUGUGUUUAAGAUUAGUCCCCCCACCUCCCUCAAACUUUUUGCUCAUUUGUCGAUUGCCUUCCGAACCCGUUUUGUUUUGCUCUUUCCCGAAUCACCCACGCCAAAACUUUCCCGAUUUGUCUGUUCUAUGUGAAUUCUAACUUUGAUUUGUAUCCUUGUACUAAUUUAUUGCAUUUACAUAUUUAUAUUUUAGGUCCCCACAUUUUCUGAAUGAAGUAUGAUGGAGGACGAAACGGUCCUUCGAAUUUUGU